CUUCAUUUAAAAAGCACACAGGAAGUAUUGCAGACACUUCUCAAAAAACACCACCAGCACUGUUAUCUGAAAGAAGAUUGAUGUGAAGAUGCAUGGGCAGAGUCACAUCUUCCUGCUCACCUACAUGGUGGCUUUUGCAGUCCCUGUCUCUCUGGCUUUCAACAUUGAUAUGACAAAUCCUGUUGUCUAUGCUGGUGAACAAAAAGAUUUCUUUGGUUACAAAGUGCUUCAAUUUGUGUCUGGCAAAAGCAAAGGGAUAAUUGUUACUGCACCUCUGCGCUUUAAUGGAUCUGGGGGAAUAUGCAAACCUGACCAAGACCAAACCCACAAGUGGUUCGAACCUGGAGAAAGUCCUCUCACAAAUUCAACAAUACAAGUCAAGCACCUUGGCCUGUCGAUCGCUGAAGACCCCAAAAGCUCCCAGUUCACUGUUUGCAGUCCAAGUGUAGCUCAUGAAUGCAAUGAGAACUCCUAUCUGAACAGUGUGUGUUACAAGAUGACAGAUGACCUUAAGCAGAUCUCCUCUUUCACACCUAAUUUUCAAGAAUGCAUACAAAAGACAGUGGACCUUGUCUUUCUAUUUGAUGGAUCAGCGAGUAUGACUGAAUCAGAGUUCAACAAAAAUAAAGAUUUCAUAGUGGAUAUAAUGAAAAGCCUUCUGAACACAUCAAUCAAGUUUGCAGCAGUUCAGUUUUCCUCAGAUUACAGGAAAGUGUUUGACUUCAAUGACUAUCAAGCUGGUAGUGCUCUCGAUAAACUAAUGGGAGAAGGACAUCUGAGGAGUCUUACUAACACACACAGAGCACUCACAUUUGUGUUGGAAGGAAUCUUAGAAAACCCAGAUUCAGGCGCCUCUCCUGAUGCAACUAAAGUUGUGGUACUAAUCACAGAUGGAGAUCCCAGUGAUAGUGACAAAUAUGGAAUUAUUAAAAGAUAUGAUGAUAAAAACAUAAUUCGUUUUGUCAUUGGGGUCAAAGCUGCUAAUCUGGCUAAAUUUAAGGCCAUUGCUUCAGAACCAAAAGACAAAAAUGCCUUCAAAAUUCAGAACUAUGACGGACUCACAGGAGUACUGGAAAACUUUCAAAAAAAGAUCUUUCAAAUGGAAGGCUCCGAAGUGGCUCGGGCAGAAGACCUUCGUAAUGAAAUGUCUCAGACUGGAUUCAGUGGUGCCUUCUACAACGAUACCUUGAUUCUGGGUUCAGUAGGAUCAAACAUUUGGCGUGGUUCUCUCCAAGCGAUUCAAGGAAAAAUCCAAACACAAAUUGAAGAUCCACAGAUGCACAAUGACUCUUAUAUGGGAUACUCCAUUUCUGUUGGAGAGAAGAAUAAGGCUCCACUAUAUUUUGCGGGUGCACCAAGAUUUGAGCACAAGGGACAGGUCGUACUUUUCAGACUUGAUGGCAAGAACUGGAUCACAGAGCAAAGAAUAAAGGGGGACCAGAUUGGUUCCUACUUUGGUGCAGAACUGUGCUCAGUAGACAUCAACUCAGACGGUAACACCGACUUCCUGCUGGUGGGAGCUCCACUGUUUUACCAGCCUCAGGAGAAGAGAGAGGGCCAGAUAUACGUCUACACACUGACUGAUGAGAUACAACUGAAAAGGGAACUGAAUGUGACGGCACCAUCCAUGGGCAGAUUUGGCACCACCAUAUCCAGUCUUGCAGACCUAAAUGGAGAUGGACUUAGAGAUGUUGCUGUUGGAGCCCCUCUUGCGGAUGAUAAUGGGGGGGCUGUGUACAUCUACCUUGGUGACAGACAGAGAGGGAUACGCAGCACUUUCAGCCAGAGAAUCCUGGGACAGAAGAUAAAGCCUGGGCUGAGAUUCUUUGGACAGGCCAUUGAUGGGGACAUCGACCUUGGGGAGGACGGACUUCCAGAUAUUGUGAUCGGAUCACAGGGCACAGCUGUUGUCUUAAGGUCCAGACCUGUUGUUAAUGUCAUGGCUCAUCUUUCUUUUCAACCUGAGGAGAUAAGCACUGACAAAAUUGACUGUCUGGGCAACACAGUUGAAAUUCUACCAAUGGUUACCUUAACAGCAUGUUUUGAAAUGGCAGAAACAACAAAGAGCAAUGCAGGGGCAAUGAGCUCCGGACUAAACAUCUCAUAUGUGAUUGACGUGGAUCCGAUGAGGCAAACAUAUCGAGGUUUCUUCAGUCAAACCGACAAGAAAGCUAGGAAUCUUACUUCUACCUACACGCUAAGAGAAAAAGAAACCUGCUUCAACUACUCCAUCUACAUGCCAAAAUGUGUGAAAGACACAUUGUCACCCAUCAGACUCAAAUUAAAUUUUUCCCAAGUUGACAGCGAGAAUGCAAGCACCGUCCUGAAUGUGGACAGCAAAAAGCAGGCUGUUGUUGAGAUUCCCUUUGAAAAGCAAUGCAGAAAAAAUGACACCUGUAUUGCUGAACUUGAGGUGGAUUUCAACUUCAUGACCCAGAAAUUAUUGGUGGCAGAAGAUAACUACUUCAACAUGUCUAUAAAACUGUCCAAUCAUGGUGAUGACUCGUACAACACCAGCCUUUCAAUGCACUAUCCUCCAGGACUCUCCUUCUCUAGGAUGACUGUUACAGAGGCGACAAGAUCAACACCCCACAGCUGCAAUGGUCGAGAAGGAGUUCUUGAUGAAACUAUAUGUGGUAUCAGCCUUCCUGUGUAUCGCAGCAGAUCAGUUGCAACAUUUAAAACUUCUUUCCACAUCAUGACUGAGAGUGAGUGGAAUGACACUGUUUUGAUGACCAUUACUGGAAAAAGUGAUAAUGCAAACUCCACCAGGACCAAUUCCCUGACCAAAAGCAUCCCAGUACAAUUUGAAAUUAAAAUGGUAGUAACAGUGAAAGAAGACACCACCACCUAUCUGAACUUCACAACAGAGGAUACUGCACCUAAGAAACUGGUUGCUAUAUAUGAGAUAUCUAAUCCUGGUUGGAAGUCUUUUCCUGUGAAUGUGUCCAUAAUCUUCCCAACUAAACUGGAACAUAACUUUGAAAUGGAGAACCCUCAAGUCUUUGUCAAGACGAACAAAACUCAAUGCACAGACAUUAUUGACACGAAGUCUGAACACUGCUCACCAGAAACACACUGCAAAAGAAUAGUUUGUAACAGUUUCAUCCUGGACAAAGAAUCAGCCACUGAGUUUCAAUUGUCAGGAGAUGUACAAUUUAAGGAUCUCAAACAUCAGGCAGAGAAUAUUGAUUUUCUUAAACGAUAUACUGGAGACAGUGCAGAUAUUAAAUUUAAAAGCUUUAUGCAAGUUAGGUAUGACAAUCAUCGAUACAUGCUGGAUUCUCAUAAACAUGAGAAUAAAAAUGGUUUUAAACAGGAGAAACCUGCUGCCACGAGGAAAGACGAUCCAGUAAUGAAAUCGGUAGAAGUUCGGGUUGAGUUUGUUAUACCCCCAAAUAAUCUGGUGAUCAUUGUAACUGGUGUUGUAUUGGGACUGCUGCUUCUGAUCAUAAUCACAAUCAUCAUGUUUAAGUUGGGUUGCUUUAAGAGGAAAAUGUAUUCUCAAGAACUGGAGGAGGAAGCUGUCAUUCAGGCUGGCACCCCUACUGGGAUAACCCCUGCCCCCACCAACGGGACAGUCAACCAGUCAGAGGCUGCCAGCAAACCUGCAGAGGAGCAACAUCUUCUUGGGAAGGGUGAGGAAAACGCCCCAACCCAGUCGGCUGUAGAGUAAAGUACGAACCUUCCAUUAUCAGCGUGGGCGGACGUAUCAUGCUCCGGUUAUAAUGCGUGCAAAACACACAGGAAGUCAUCAUCAAUGAGUGACAUUGUUGAAGGAAUAGUUCGACAUAUUCACUUCCUUGCUAAUAGUUACAUGACAAUAUUUAUAUUAUGGCUGUUAAAUAUUAACCCAGAGCCAGGCGAUGAUUAGCUUAGCAUAAAGACUGGAAACAAUGCCUGCUAGCCUGGCUCUCUCUCCAAAGCUAAUAAAAUCCACCUGCCAGCAGCUCUACUGCUCACUCUAUAUUACACGUUUGUUUUGUGUGUUUAAUGCAAGGAUGUGUCCCAAUUUACCUUUGUUUUGCCACCUCCUACCAAUCCUAAACCACUGUGUUUAAUUUUCCAAAUCACAAUUGCUGUAUGCGAGCUUGGAAAACAUGCUAGCUUCAGUGCGGCAUGAGCCUGGUAGCACCGCGAGAAAAGAGAAGAUUACGACCUUUAAGUUGUCUUAUUCUGCCACGUCAGUGACCCUAACGUUUAUUCCCGCUCCUUUUCCUCUGAUACAUAUUGUUAAUGAAUUAUUUGUUUAUUAACUGGCUCCUGGCCUCCUGUCACCUUUCAAAAGUGGGCCCCAGGUAAAGCAAGUUGAGUUAAACAAAAAUCAAAACCCAAAAAGCAAAGUGUAAAUGUUUUUGUUUUGAAUGUCUAUUUUCAGCAGAUUUUAAAGACAGGCUAGCCAUUUCCCUUCUUUAUGCUAAGCUAAGCUAAUUGUCCCCUAGCUCCAGAUUCAUAUCAACUGGUCAUUGACCAGAAGACAGUUGAAAACUAGCAAAAGAUGCCAUUCAAAUCAGACGGCAGAGACUCAACAGGGACCGGGUUUAAAGUCUCCCCUUCGUAUACGACAAUCUGUUAACAGUUAACAAGUCUUUUUUUCAGAGCCUUGUUGUUGUUAUUAUUGUUUGGUACCCCUGCUAGUGAAACAUUUAAGAUGAGAUGUGUGACUGAUCAGGCUGCAGUGCUAACUAAACCUAAAUGUGGGCAUUUGACAAAUCGUUAAUAUAGAUAAAGAAGAGUAAUGGCCCAUGGGUGUGUAUAUUGUAAUAUAGGCUACUGUACAUUACUGUUUGAUAGUCUUUAGAUAUUUCUGAUUCUCUUCUGCACAGCAUUUGUUCAGCAAGAAGUUCACAUUGCUCUUAUAUUAUAGCUGACUGUUUGUUAACUGUUUUUUUUAUUAUCAUUUGAACAAAUGCAGUGGCACAUUUGAUGCAUUGUUUAUUCAUCUUGCAAAAUAGUGUCUUUGUAAGCAGCAGUCAGUGGUGAACCGUACAAUAUAGAAGCACAGAACUGUGAGUAAUGACGAAGGAAUGAAUGGAUGUUAAAAAUCACUGAGUUUGUCCUGAAGAGAAUCAGCUCUAGAAGCUUUUCGUUUCUCUUAAUUGCAAGAGUGCAAGAGUUUACAAAAAAUUCAAUGUUGUUUGUUAUCCACAUAUUUAAUCCAUUUAUGCCACAGUAUUAAACAUUCCUGUUCAUGAUGUAUUGUAUAAAUCCUUCUUUCCUUUUUUUAAAAAUGUUGUUAUGUUGUUUAAACGUUUGACUUUGAGUUGUUAAAUGAAGGUGGUUGAUGAAGUUGAUGAAAAUGAAGUCCCUGGUUAUCGGUUUCAUAACCGCAAUCCUAAGUAUCCUGUAUAAGUUCUCCCAUUUUUGAGUUCACAUGCUGGUAUGUCUUAAAUAAUACAUUACGGUUCAAAUAUGUGUUUAAUUUGGAACAUUUACAUAAUAGAGGUUAUAAUUACUUGCAAGACCAUUUCUAAUAAUAGGCAGAAAAAUAAUAUAUGUGAGUAUUCAUUUUGAUGAAUUAAAUGGAUAUUGUAAAUGUUGUUUGUAUUGUUGGCUUGAUGAAGAAUCUUAUGUAUUUUUUCCAUGAAUACUCCUCUAAUACCUAUAUAAUACUAUAAUAUAGAAUUUGUUUUAUGUA